AUGCCGAUGCACCAGGGCUUCCUCCCUCGCGAGGGCCUCGUCGCCGAUCCCAUCUUUCGCCUCAUUGGACGCACCGCCCUCAACCCAGCCCUCGUGCUGCCGCUGCUCCUGCUCGCCCGCUACACCAAGAAAGGCGGCGACCUUGCCAUUCUACACCCGACAGCGUUCUCGGGCCUCAAGAAGUUGGCAUGGCUUUCGGUGCUGCGAAUGGCCGAUCAGUGGCUCUCGUCGCGCUCGCUGAACAACUGGGUCUCCGACCGCUACAACUGGUCCAAGGAGAUCGUCCUCGUGACCGGUGGCGCUGGUGGUAUUGGAGGUCAAGUAGUUCAACUGUUCGCUGAGCGUGGCACCACCGUCGUGGUACUAGACAUUCAGGAGCUGACCUACACUGCGGCCUCCAACGUCCACUACUUCAACUGCGACAUCACUUCAACCGAAAAGCUCGCCGCCGUGGCACGGGAGAUUCGCGCUCGCAUCGGCCACCCGACGGUCCUCAUCAACAACGCCGGCGUCGCCCGCGGCAAGACGAUCCUCGACUCCACCGAGCGUGAUGUCAAGUUCACCUUUGAUGUGAACACCUUUGCCCACUUCUGGACCGUCAAGGAAUUCCUCCCGAACAUGAUCGCCACCAAUCACGGCAUGGUCGUCACCAUCGCAUCCUACGCCGCGUGGUUGACGGUCCCCAACAUGGUCGACUACGGAGCCUCCAAGGCCGCCGCCAUGGCCUUCCACGAAGGUCUUUCUGCUGAACUCGUGACCAAGUAUAACGCCCCUCGCGUGCGGACGGUCCUGAUCAACCAGGGAUACACCAAGACGCCGCUAUUCACCGGCUACGAGCAGGGUCUGCAGUUCUUGAUACCCGCCCUGGAGCCCGAGACCGUGGCAGAAGCAAUCGUGAAGAAGGUUCUUGAGGGUACGAGCGGACAAGUCAUCCUGCCCGCCGUUGGGUCUCUGCUGGGAUCAUUCAGGGGAAUGCCGCACUGGUACCAGCACCACAUGCGGUGCGACGGGCAGAAGCUGAUGAAGAACUUUGCCGGAAGGCAAGUUGUGAAGGAUGUUGAGAAGUACUACGAGGAGAAGGACCAGCAGGACAGGCCAGAGGAAAGCACCGUGCUCGUCGGGGAGCAGCAGGCUGCUAAUGGGAUCGAAUGA